AUGAAAUUCUGGACUGCUAUUUCAACCGCCAUAGGACUAAGAGGAAACGCUUCCAAUGAUGCCAGAAGCCCUUCGUUUGCUGACGCAAUUACAGCCAGCGCACUAUCAACAGCUCCGGCAGGUGUUAGAGAAGUAGAGGGAGGAAUAGUGGUGGAGGUAAAAGCAGACGAAGAUUUGGGAGCCGGUGUGAUAGAAGCCAAUGGAGAGCUAGGGGUAGAGAAUGAGGAAGUAAAAGGUAAGACGGAAUUCACAGAACUCAAACCCAAGUUUUCACUACUAGUUGAACUGGCAGCAAGACUGGGGCUAACGACUGCAGUCGUAAUGGAUGUCGUUUUUGAAAUAACGGCUCCUGAUGAUUCCAAUCUCAUAGCGGUGGAAACAAAUUCAGAUGAGACAGCUGUACUUGUAGCAGAAGGUGAACUUAUCAAUGGAGAGCUCGAGGCCACUACCACUGACGAUACUGGUAUAGAAGACUCAGCGGAAGAAGCUACUGACUGUAUUGGAGAAGAUACAACUGACGACUCAACAGAGGUAGGGACGACAGACGACACUAAUGAUACAACUGCCGAUGAAACAGAAGAAAUCUCCACUGAAGAAGCCGAUGACGAGUUCUCAGAAACGGGUACAUUAGAUGAUAGAGAGGAGGAACUUAAGCCAGAAGCUGAUUCAGCAGAAGAAGCGACUGAGGUUAGUACAGAGGAAGCAUGGAUAGAGGAUACAGCAGAAGAAGCUGCUGAGAUUCCUGUUGAAGAAGGUGCAAGAGAUAACUCGCUUGAAAACGGUCCGCCAGAGGAGAGAGGUACGGAAGCUACCGAAGUUGUCGUGGAAACAGGAGUGAUAGACGAGGCAAGGAUAGAUAAUUCAGUAGAAAUUAUUGACGCUAACAAAGAUGUAGGAACAGCAGAAGAAGCUACUGCCAAAGAAGAUGGUUGGCUUGAAAAUGAUACGCCAGAUGAACCAGGGAACGACGACUCUGCAGAAGAAGUCUCUGAUGUAAGCGAGGAGGAUGGAGCGAAAGAUGAAACGGGGAACGAAGAUUCAGCAGAGGAAACCAUCGCGGAAGACGGAACAGCAGAAGAUUCACUGGAGAAUGGUACACUCGAUGAGCCAACGACAGAGGAUUCGGCUGAAGAAGCAACUGAGACGAACGAGGACGAUAGAGCAAAGGACGAUGAUGGGAAAGAAGACUCAACAGAGGAAAUCACUACAGACGAAGGGACAGAAGAAGAUUCACUGGAGACUGGUACACUCGAUGAGCCAGCGACAGAGGACUCAGCCGAAGAAGCUACUGAUGUCAACGAGGAGGAUGGAGCGAAGAACGAUAUGGGGAAGGAGGAUUCAACAGAGGAAAUCACUAGGGACGAAGGGAAAGAACCAGAUGAAGAGGACUCAGUAGAAAGAGCAACUGAGACGAACGUAGAGGAUGGAGCGAAGGAAGAUACUGGCAAGGAAGAUCCAGCAGAGGAAAUGGUUGCGGAAGAAAGGACAGCAGAAGAUUCACUAGAGAAUGGUGCACCGGAUGAGCCUGGGACAGAGAACUCAGCAGAAGAAGCUACUGAUGUAAACGAUGAGGAUGGAGAGAAGGACGAUACGGGGAAGGAAGAUUCAACGGAGGAAAUUGUUGCGGAAGAAGCCCCUGAUGUAAAGGAGGACGAUGGAGCGAAGGAUGACGGGGGGACGGAUGAUUCAGCAGAGGAAAUCGUUGCGGAAGAAACGACAGCAGAAGAUUCACUGGAGAAGGGUCCACCAGAUGAGGCCAUAGAACUUAAUGAUGUGACUGCAGAAGAGGCAACUACAGAUGACGUAGGGGCUGCGGAUAUGGAAGAACUCGCUGAGAUUGCUGCCGAAAAAGGAACGGCAGACGACUCGCUCGACAAGGAUGCUGCGGAUGCACCUGUGACAGAGGACUCUGAGGAAGAAGCUACUGAUAGGAACGAAGUGGAUGGGACGAAGGAUGAUUCAACAGAAGGAGCUGCGGAUGUUGCAGAAGCAGAAGACUCGCUUGAGUUUGGUACAACGGAUGAGCCAAGGACAGAGGACUCAGCCGAAGCUACUGAUGUAAACGAGGAAGAUAGAGCGAAAGAUGAAUUGGGGAAGGAAGAUUCAGCAGAGGAAAUCGUUGCGGAAAAAGUAACAGCAGAAGGUUCGCUGGAUGGGCCAGGGACAGAUGACUCAGCAGAAGCCACUGAGACAAAUGAAGAGGAUGGAGCGAAGGACGAUGUGGGGAAGGAAGGUUCAGCAGAGGAAAUAAUCACUACAGACGAAGAGACAGCAGAAGACUCGCCUGUGAAUGGUGCUCCAGAUGAACUGGGGACAGAAGACUCAGCAGAUGUAGAUACUGUAGCUGAAGCUUCUGAAGAAGAGGAGUCGUUCGAAGAUGUGGUGAUAGCUGUAGAGGAUCCAGCCGAUGAAGAAGUAGCGGAAGAAACAGCUAUAGAGGAGGCUGAAAUAGCAACUGAAGAAGAUGCAAGUGAAGACGAAGAGAAAACGGAAGAGGUGACAGAAGAAGCAACAGAGGACGCGGUACAACUGAGAGUGCUAAUACCUACUGGUGAACAGCUUACAAUUGGUCCUGGAACUGUGGAAACUUGCCCAAAAAUAUUAGAAACUGGACUGUUAUUAUAA